AUGGAAAGUGUAAUCGAUUCAAAAAUAAUUGAUCCUACAACAAAUCUUGAUUACGUUUACUUGGGAUUAAAUCAAGAUGGGUAUCGUUUAUAUAAAUUGACUUUACAAUCGAAUUAUUCGGCCGUUCAAUACUCACGCGCAAAUCGUCUUAUUGAAGAUUAUUUACAGCGUUCAUUCAACACACCAUCACGACCUUACACUAACAUUAUUCUAUUCUGUUCAAAUAUGUUCGUUUUCCUACCACCUCAGUCAUCCAGCCUUCAAAAUAUAAGUGCUCUCAUCAUGGCAAAUACAGCAUCGCGUACAAAUUAUAUAUGUUAUGUGAGUACAUUGAGCGAACAUAGACGUCAUGGACUUGGAACACAAUUGUUGAAUGAAAUGAUUAAAGAAUCAAGACGAACCGUUGACGAAGUAAGUCUCCAUGUGAAUACGGUGAAUACUGAUGCUAUUCCACUGUAUUUGAAAUGUGGAUUUCGAUGUGAUCAAUAUUUGCAAAACUAUUAUUUUGGUGAUAACACGUAUCCAACAAAAGAUGCCUAUUACAUGACGCUUAAAACACUCAAUAUAAAAAAUGUCACAGAAGUAUGUAAACAAGAAAAUGCCGUGCAGAUACCAACACAGGAAGAAGCAAAUCAUAAGCAACGAUGUCCAAUGAAUAAUGCAGGGUGA